AUGAUGUCUUCUGUCCCGAAGACUUCCCAAUUCUCCUGUACUUUUUGUUUCAAGAAAGCGAAGCAUAACAAUAAACUUCUGCGAUGCAGUGGUUGCCACUCAAUGUAUUACUGUAGCAAAACAUGUCAAGGAAGCCAUUGGCCCGUGCACAAAGACCUCUGCAAGAGCUUGCGGCGGACUCUAGCGCCCGAUGGUCCUCUCUCGUUGAUAGAACCCUUGUCUGGCAAGCGCAAGCUAGACAUUUUGAAUGAUCUCCGUCUGUGGCGUACGACGCAUCAGGAUGCCCUCAACUUUGUCACUAUUCAAGCCUUGCAAUUAGAUAUCUUCCCCGAGCGUGCCAAAAAUCAGUUUCUCGAAAUUGAUCUCGAGUACACAUCAGACCAAUCGCGCGACAAGUUCAUCAUCAAAUCCGGGCACAUUCACACCGAUGUUCCUGCUGAGGAAAUGCUCUACAAGAGUUAUCAUGGAACAGCAGAUGAUGGUCCUGCUGAUGGCACGGUGAUAGUGGCAAACCUCAGUGUCUCGUGUGGCAAUGUGUCAAGUGCAGGAGGGAUAGUGAUGGGAACCAGUAUUGUCCCUCGAGUAUCUGCAGCGAAUUGGCUCGAGAUUUUGAGAAAGGUGACGUCUCAAGAAGUAAGCCUCCACACCUUCAGGGACAUAUUGGGCGCAGUGCGUCCAUAUUAUGACAGCCGUAUGAGCAAUGAUCCGUCACUCUACCUUAUCGCGCAACUGGCCCGCGAUGUGAUAAUAGGAGACAUGUAUUCUUCUAGUGAUCCAACUUUCCACACGACCGUUUACAUGGCGCUCUCAAGUCCGGAUUCUGACUAGUCUUCGUGAAUUCACAUAUAUACGUUGCAGUAUUUCACUUAAUUCAACAGACGAAGGUGUGCGUGAUCGUGAUGUAUCAUAUACAUGUAUACCGUUUACUUGUGAACGAUGCCGACUCUAAAGUGAACAGAUUUGAUACUCUACCAUUC